ACAAGAGAAAAUGUGGCAAGCCAUCUUCAGAAGUACAGGCUUUACCUUAAAAAGAUUAGCUCUGAGGCUAACCAGCAAUCUAAUCUGGCGGCAGCCUUAGCAGGUGCAGAUCCUUCAUAUAUGCGAAUGGGUUCUCUAAACUUUCAGAAUCUGAAUGGACUUGGGAAUUUCCAUACUUUGUCAGGAUCCAAUCAGUUUCACAAUGCAGCAUUUAGAUCUUUCCAACCUAGGGGUAUGCUUGGAAGAUUGAACACACCUGCUGGGCUGGGUAUGCAUGGCCUCCCAUCCUCAGGAGUGAUUCAAUUGGGUCAAGCAAACAACUCUGGCAACAUUAGCAAUAACCAGAACAGGUUCCAUCCGGUCAUGAUUCCUGGUCCUGGAAACUAUAAUGGCAGCAUACUUCAAGGGAUUCCAAUGUCCAGUAGUAAGUCUGUUAACCACGUUGAAGAGCUCCCUACUGCUGCUGAUAAUACAACUGUUUGCCCCAUCUCCAGUAGUUUCCAAGAUGCAAAAUUAACUGGAUGCUCAAAUAAUCUGCUUCUUGGUGUUACGAACGACCCCUUAAUGUUGGAAGGACGUCCUCAAGUGGCCAAAGAGGAGAAAAUAUUUGGAAACCAAUCUUCAGAGACAAUGGCCUCCUUAAAUUCUGGAUCAUCUUCCCAUUUACCAGAUUUUGGUAAAUGUAGUGACGACUGGUUGAGUGCUGUUCUGUCAUCUGAUGUCCAACCAAAUUAUUUUGCAUUGAAUGAUUGUUUUCAGCAGACCAACUUGCUUCCUGGUAACCUCGGUCUCAGUGACAGUGUUUCUACAACAACCUUUCAAAAUGGAAAUAUGUCAAAAUUUUCUUCCAUGUCUCCACCCCCUAAUCAGUCACAAGGUUCAAAAACAGAUUUACAAGGCCAAGGGGUAGCAAUCAGCAGUAACAAUGGGCAGAUAAUUAAAAAUGUUAUGCAAGAAUGGGGUGCCUACAGACAGGAUGGCCCUUACUACUCAACUCUAAAAUGUAGCACAAUGAGCUCUUCCUUUCCUAUAGAUGGUUCUAUGGGUUCAUUAGACCAUUGCUCGAAUCCAAGUAACACAAUUUUCCACAGAAACAUGAACCUAGGGGCAAUUGGACAAUCAAAUUUUGUUGAUCCCUUACCCAUGAAGUGUAAUGUGGCUGAUAAUCCAGGUAUGCAAACAUCGGUUAAUAUGAAGGCAGGGCAUCUCAUAGGGCAUCAGAAGCCGCAGAGCAGAUACAUUUCAAAUAUUGUUGGUUCUUUGGAAGACGUGGCAGGUGCAAUGGUGAAUCAGGAACAAGUGAAAUCUUUAGAAGGCAAUUUUGGAAGCAAUCCUGGUUCCUUCGAGACGUGCAUAUGAUAACAUGUCUGCAGCUACAAACUUCAGGAAGAUCUACAUAGAUAGGAAUAUAUAUAGCUAGCUAGGCUUGAGUAAUGGCUGCCAUUAUCGAGCAUAUUUUUGCUACUCUACAGUUACCCUUUAAAAUAUUUAAAAGGGUUAGUUUAUGUAGUCUAGUUUAUUGGGCAAAACAAUCUUUUCUAGGAGCCUGUCUGGCUAAGCCAUCUUCUAUAUUGAAUAAAAAUAUUGAUUGUUU